CUAAAAUCUACCAUGAACGCUAUAAUCUUCUGUCUCCUCUUCACAACUGUCACUGCCACUUAUGAAGUUUUCGGAAAAGGAAUAGAACACAGAAAUGAACAUUUGAUCAUCAAUCAACUUGAUAUCAUACCAGUUGAGUCAACUCCAACUCCAAACCGUGCCUCAAGAGUCCAGAAACGUCUAUGCGGAAGACGUCUUAUUUUAUUCAUGCUUGCAACAUGUGGAGAAUGUGAUACAGAUUCAUCAGAAGACCUUUCGCAUAUUUGCUGCAUAAAACAAUGUGACGUUCAAGAUAUCAUCAGAGUCUGCUGCCCGAAUUCAUUUAGAAAAUAGUUAUGGACAUAUCGUACUAUCAUUAACUUUUCAAAAUGUUAGUUUUCUUAAUAUUCUCGGUAUGAAAUUCCUUUGAUUGAUGCCUUAUCAAUUUGUAAUCUAGCCCCGUUAAAUUGUACAAAUUGUUCUAUAAUUAAAACUUCUUCAGUGUAUUUAUAUUAUUGCACGUAAUGUAUCAUAUGAUAUCAAUGCGAAAUAAAUGUUCUAAAUCUGCAUCUCCUUGUGGGAAAGUAUGCAUAAAUCUAA